AUGACUGUUUCAAUUGUAAUUAGGGCACCAAGUGAUACAUUUUUUGCACAAGAAAUUGAGUAAGUCAUCAAACCUUAGAAACAUGUUCAGAAAUCAAUAUGUUUUUACAUGGAAAAAUUUCAUCUUAUCAAGUACCAACGGUUGUUAGUUCAUAUUGGACUUUAUUUAAAAGAUUUGUUUACCAAUAUUUAUAUUUUUGGAAAAUUUUAAGUUAAUGUUUUUAUGCCCCCGGUAGGGUGGCAUAUAGCAGUUGAACAGUCUGUCAGUCCGUCUGUCUGUCAGUCCAUUUGUUCGAAAACUUUAACAUUGCCCAUAACUUUUGCAAUAUUGAAGAUAGCAACUUGAUAUUUGGCAUGCAUGUGUAUCUUAUGGAGCUGCACAUUUUGAGUGGUGAAAGAUCAAGGUCAAGGUCAUCCUUUAAGGUCAAAGGCCAAAUAUAUGGCUUCAAAGCGGCACAGUAGGUUGCAUUGUGUUUCUGACAAACACAUCUCUUGUUUAUUGCAAAAUUAUAGAAUUUAUAAAUUGAUCAGACACAAUUAUAACAUGUUAAAAAGUUAAUAUAAAAAUGAUCAGCAUUAGAUCCUGGGACCUUUAAGAUAACACAUUUCACAUAUAGAGCGGGUGAGGGUAAUUCCAGAUGGAGGGUCUGUACCGAACAUUUUUUCCAUAACGUCAUAACAUGUGUCAAUGACGUAAUCGAAACUUGCAAACCCGCGCUUUUGUUAAAAAAAUCCAGCCUCUUUUGCUUCCUCCAUUACUUGGCAAGACGUCGUUGGUAUUUUCCUGACAAAAAUCGAUCAAGUAAGUAUACCGUUUUUUGUUAAGAAAAUUACACGAUAUGAUAAGAUGACUCAUUGUAUUAGUUAAGGUAUGAUAACCGAUCUUUGCUUGUUUAAGGUUUGUAAAAUGGUUUAAACACAGGUUAACGCAUGUGACUACACCUUGCUGUAUAAUAGUGAUCGAUAAAUGCGGAAUUGUUGACAUGUUGGAGUGUUCGGAAAUACACCUGCUAAAGUAUGUCUAAAGUCUAAUUCCGGACAUAUUUAUCUUCCACAUCUAUCUAAAGCAACUUUGGCUAUGUAUGUCUAGAUCUAGUUCUCCGGUUAUUUAAUGAUCUCGAUCAAUUUAUGAUGUAUGUAUCCAUUGCAACAGGCAUGAGCAGAGCAAUCGAAGCUUGGAAAUAUACCCCAGAAACAAUUGCAGAAGCCUCUAAACUGGUCUAGAAUGGCAGUAUUUCGCUUAACGCAGCUUCCAAGUCCUAUGGCAUACCUAAAAGCACUUUGCACGAUUUUGUUAAGGGGAGGUAUGCAACAAACCGACAAGGGCCUAGAACUGUUCUUACUGAGGCUGAGGAAACUCGCCUCGCUGAUGGGUUGUUGGAAAAAUGUCAAGAAUAGGAUAUGGCCGUACAAGACAAGAACUGUAUUUGACAGUGAAGAAGAUUCUUGAAGACUCUAUUAAAGAUAACAAAACUGGCAAGGACUGGUACAAAGGUUUUGUUAAACGGCAUCCUCAGCUUGCAGAAAAAACACCAAUGCAGUUAGGCAAAGAACGUGCUGUUAUCACACCUGCGAAGAUUGAGAACUGGUUUCAGGAAUUAAGGUCAUUCCUAAGAGACGAGGUUCAGGAUCCAGACUUGAUCACAGACCCUAGUAGACUGUAUAACGCUGACGAGACUGGUUUCCCCUUAUGCCCCAAGAGCGGCAAAGUUUUGUCUGCGAAAGGUGCCAAGCAUGUCUACAACUACACCAGCAGCAACAAAUCCCAGAUGACCGUUCUUGUUUGUGUCAGCGCAGUUGGACACUAUAUCAAGCCUCUUAUUGUGUACCCGGAUGAACGCUCCCGUACAAAUGUCUUAGAGGGAUUCGAGGAUGCAGCGUUCGGUAGGUCGAGUAAUGGCUGGAUGGACAGCGAUGUGUUCUUGACAUGGCUAAAGGACGUCUUUAUUCCUGGUUUUGAUGAACGUAAUGUUAAACGCCCUGUACUUCUUUUUGUUGACGGGCACUCAACUCAUCUCACGUUAGGGGCCUCUGAUGUAUGUCGAGAAAACGGUGUCCACAUGUUUUGCCUCCUGGAACAUGCUUCGCACAUUAUCCAAUCCCUGGACUUGAGAAUAUUUGGUGUCUUAAAAGAGAAAUGGGGUCAAGAGGUUCAGAACUAUCAGAUUCUGAAUAUUCCAAACACCGUGACCAGGAAAAACUUUGCAAGCAUCUUUAAGGGAGCAUGGGAAAAGUCGGCUACAGUUGAAAAAGCUAUCAAGGCGUUCAAAUACAUUAUUUUGGACUAAGAUUUAUUCAUAUUGUCCAAUCAAUCAAUACUGACAAUGCUUUCACCUGGGGUAUCAUCAUUUAUUGCAUGCAAUUUUUGGUUUUCUUUUUUAAAUUGAAAUGUUAAAAAAUAGUACAGGUUUUUUCAUUGUUUGUAGAAAAUAUGCCAAUAUUUAUGUUAGAAUCUAGCCAGUACACACUGUUCAUAAUUUAGAAAAAAAACUGAUGGUUUUGACUUUGUUAUCAGCAGUGACCUUAAAGUAGACACUGUUUAUGAGGACAUUUAAACAUUUCAUGUUGUCAAUGAUGAAUACAACAUUUUAUAAGAUAACAUUAUCUUUCAGACUUGUAUGCUCUAACAUCAUCUUUUUUCCGGCUGAUUUUAUAGCAAUUAUUUGAUUGUAUUCCCAAUGACAAUGCCUUUUUUUCCCCAAAAAUCCUAGCAAAAA